CCCAACCUGUCGGGCCGGUUUUGAGUGGCUGGAAGGCGGUGCUGAAGGAUGCACUACCGGGCCGGUGCUGGAUCUGCGCUUUUGGUGGUCUGAGCCUGGUUCCUCCCGCCCCCAAACCCGCCUGCCCGCCGACCCCAUGCCGUGCGCGCCAGGCCUCUUGGCGCCCUUGUUGGGCCUGGCCCUGGGCUUGACCCUGAGCCUGCCUGGAGCUGGAGCCGCUGCAGAUUGCGGGUCCUUGGGCCCUGCUGAGCGCCUGCCCUUCAGCUCCGUGGCCCGGGCUCGGUGGCUGGCACCCCGAGUCCGUGCGUCGGGACCCCUGGACGUGCUCUACAGUUCGGCGCGCGGUUUCCUUGGCAUAGUGCAGCGGAAUCCCUUCCCAGCCGAGCUGGUGAAGUUGAUGCUGAAUAAGCCGGAGUCUGUAAAGGAGGAUGAGGUAUUGCGGUACCAGGCUGGCUACGUGGCAUGUGCGGCCAUCGCCAUCCUUUACCUGUUGGCGAUGCCCAGUGCGGGGCUGUGUUUCUGCUGCUGCCGCUGCCGCCGCCACUGCGGGGGGCGCGUGAAGUCGGAGCAUAAGGCCUUGGCACGCGAGCGUGGGGCCCUGGGGACCUUCUUGCUGCUGACCACCCUGGUGCUGCUGGUCGGCGUCGCCUGCGCCUUUGCCACAAACCAGCGCGUGCACCAAUACACGGGCCCCAGCCUGGAGGCUGUGCCUGAGACUCUGCUCAGCCUCCGCGGCCUGGUCUCUGAUGUCCCCCAGGAACUGCAAGCGGUAGCAGAGCAGUUUUCCUUGCCCCAGAAGCGUAUCCUGGAGGACCUGGAUGGUAUUGGCCUGAACAUUGGCACCUCCAUCCAUGCCCAGCUCAGGAGCACUGUGGAGCAGACACUGACCUCAGUGCAGAAUGUGGGCAAAGCCCUGCAGGUGUCUGUGGAUCACCUCCGGGUGCUGAACACUACCUUGGAAGAGCUGCGACAGGGCCAGAGUGUCCUGAAGCCGACUGUGCAGGAGUUCCAGGAGCAGCUACUGGCCUUGCUUCAGGAACCCCGCUGCCAGGGCUGUGAAGGGGCCCUGAGUCAGGCCCACGCCCUGGAGCUAGGAGCAGACUUCAACCAGGUACCCACCGUGGAUGAUGCCCUCCACCGACUCCAGGGUGUUCCCAAGGCCAACUUCUCCGCCAUGGUAGAGGAAGAGAACAGUACCUUCAAUGCCCUCCCGCUCCUGACAGCCCUCCAUAUGGUUGAUCGAGUCCAAGAGCUGAAGAAGGUGGUGAAGGAGCAACCUGAAGGGCUGAACUUUCUGGCUGAGGGCUUCCCAGGCUGGGAUGCCUCCACUCGCUGGAGCCAAGCACUGGAGGACGUGGAGCAGCGGAGCCGUCCCUACCUGAAGGAGGUUGAGAGAUACGAGAGAUACAGGUGGAUCCUGGGCUGUGUGCUAUGCUCCGUGGUCCUGCUUGUGGUCGUGUGUAACCUGCUGGGCCUCAGCCUGGGCAUCUGGGGGCUAUCAGCCAGGGAGGAUCCCAGUCACGUGGAAGCCAGGGGCGAGGCUGGAGCCCGAUUUCUUCUGGUGGGCGUGGGCCUCAGCUUUUUCUUCGCAGCACCCCUCAUCCUGCUGGUUUUAAUUACCUUCCUUGUGGGAGGCAAUGUUCAGACACUGCUGUGCCGCAGCUGGGAGAGUGGGGAGCUCUAUGAGUUUGCAGACACACCAGGAAAUUUGCCCCCAUCCAUGAACUUGACCCACCUUCUUGGCCUGAAAAAGAACAUCAGCAUUCUCCUGGCCUACGAGCAGUGCCGGGAAGGGGCUGCUCUCUGGAAGGUUCUACAGCUCAAUGACUCCUAUGACUUGGAGAAGCACCUGGAUAUCAGCCAGUACACCACCAAACUGAAGCAGGACUUACAAAACCUCAAGUUGGACAGUCAGAAACUGGAUGUGCUGAGCCCAGAUGCCCGCCAGGACCUAAAGGCCCUGCACGACAGUGGGAUUGAGAAAAUCCAGUACCCCCGUUUCCAUGGCCAACUCCAGAAGCCAGUGGUGAACACAGAUGUGGUGAAGCUGGCCCAGGAGCUGGACAGACUGGCACAGGCUCAGAGAGACAGAGAUCUGCAGGAGCAGCUGCAGAAAAAGGCACAAGGUCUAAGACACCUCCACCAACAGAAAGUCCUCUCUCAGCAGAGCCUCAUGGUCAAGCUCAACCUCAGUGUCACUGCCCUGGAGUUCUCUGCCCCCCUUCUCCAGGAAAAGGCUGCACAGGUGCUGGACAUGGCCACUCAUCUCUCAAAAGAACUGCCUGCUUGGACUAACCGGAUCGUGAAGAGUGAAAGUGAAUGUUUCCUAGCCCGAGAAGCAAGCUACUUAUCACAGUACCUGGACUGGGUGAGAGAGGAGGUGACUCAGCACAUUGCCACCUGCCAGCCCCUGUCUGGGGCUCUGGACAACGGCCGUGUGAUUGUCUGUGACAUGUUGGCUGCUCCCUGGAAUGCCUUCUGGUUCUGCCUGGCCUGGUGCACCUUCUUCCUGAUCCCCAGCAUCAUCUUCGCUGUCAAGACCUCCAAAUACUUCCGGCCCAUCCGCAAACGGCUCAGCUCCACCAGCUCAGAAGAGACGCAGCUCUUCCAUAUUCCCCGUGUCACCUCUCUGAAGCUAUAGACCUCA